CCACGCAACUUCCGCUCCUGAGCUCCCGCUCCCAGCUCGCGCCGCCUGCGAUCGGCUGGCCCCGGCUGAGGGGAGGCCGCCCAGCUGCCGCCUGCCUCACAGCCCCGCUCCCCGGGCCGGCCGGCCGGACCCGGCGCCGCGGGGACGCAGGGGGCAGCGCCCGGCCCUGUGGGGAGAGGCAGGAUCCUGAUCCCGCAGCCUGAGAACGGCCGCCCCCAGCUCCAUGAAUGGAAAUCGGCAGCGCAGGACCCGUCGGGGCACAGCCCCUUCUUAUGGUGCCCAGACGUCCCGGCUAUGGCACCAUGGGCAAACCUAUUAAAUUGCUGGCCAACUGCUUCCAAGUUGAAAUCCCAAAGAUUGAUGUCUACCUCUAUGAGGUGGAUAUUAAACCAGAUAAGUGUCCUCGCAGGGUGAACAGGGAGGUGGUGGACUCCAUGGUGCAGCAUUUUAAAGUGACAAUAUUUGGGGACCGUAGACCAGUUUAUGAUGGGAAGAGAAGCCUUUAUACAGCCAAUCCACUCCCUGUAGCAACCACUGGGGUAGAUUUGGAUGUAACAUUACCAGGAGAAGGUGGAAAAGAUCGUCCCUUCAAGGUGUCAAUAAAGUUUGUUUCUCGGGUGAGCUGGCACUUGCUGCAUGAAGUUUUGACAGGAAGAACCUUGCCUGAGCCUCUGGAACUAGACAAACCAAUCAGCACUAACCCUGUUCAUGCUGUCGAUGUGGUGCUACGACACCUACCCUCCAUGAAGUAUACCCCUGUGGGCCGCUCCUUUUUCUCAGCUCCAGAGGGCUAUGAUCACCCUUUGGGAGGGGGCAGGGAAGUAUGGUUUGGAUUCCAUCAGUCUGUUCGGCCUGCCAUGUGGAAAAUGAUGCUUAAUAUUGAUGUUUCUGCCACUGCCUUCUACAAAGCACAACCUGUAAUUCAGUUCAUGUGUGAAGUUCUCGACAUUCAUAACAUUGAUGAACAACCGAGACCUCUGACUGAUUCUCAUCGGGUAAAAUUCACCAAAGAGAUAAAGGAAUGCAGCAUGUCUAACUGUACAGUGAGCAGCUGUCACUCUACUUCACCAACACAUCUCAGUCAUUGUAAUAGAAAUAGCCACUGUAAGAAAACACUGCAAGGUCUGAAGGUUGAAGUGACUCACUGUGGAACAAUGAGACGGAAAUACCGUGUUUGUAAUGUAACAAGGAGACCUGCCAGUCAUCAAACCUUCCCUUUACAGUUAGAAAACGGCCAGACAGUUGAGAGAACAGUAGCACAGUACUUCAGAGAGAAGUAUAACCUCCAGCUGAAAUAUCCUCAUCUUCCUUGUCUACAAGUGGGACAGGAGCAGAAACAUACCUACCUGCCUCUAGAAGUAUGUAACAUUGUGGCAGGCCAGCGAUGUAUCAAGAAGCUAACAGACAAUCAGACAUCAACUAUGAUAAAAGCAACAGCAAGAUCUGCCCCAGAUAGACAAGAGGAAAUUAGCAGAUUGGUAAGAAGUGCAAAUUAUGAUGCGGAUCCAUUUGUUCAAGAGUUUCAGUUUAAAGUUCGUGAUGAGAUGGCCCAUGUGACGGGGCGUGUGCUUCCAGCUCCAAUGUUGCAGUAUGGAGGACGGAAUCGAACAGUGGCAACCCCAAGCCAUGGCGUAUGGGAUAUGCGAGGGAAACAGUUUCACACUGGUGUUGAGAUCAAAAUGUGGGCCAUAGCUUGCUUUGCAACGCAGAGACAAUGCAGAGAAGAAAUACUGAAGGGUUUUACAGAUCAGCUGCGCAAGAUUUCGAAGGAUGCAGGGAUGCCCAUCCAAGGCCAGCCAUGUUUUUGCAAAUAUGCACAGGGUGCAGACAGCGUGGAGCCAAUGUUCCGACACCUUAAAAACACCUAUUCAGGACUCCAGCUCAUCAUUGUCAUCCUGCCAGGGAAAACACCUGUGUAUGCGGAGGUGAAACGUGUGGGAGAUACGCUGUUGGGGAUGGCCACGCAGUGCGUUCAAGUCAAGAAUGUCAUAAAAACAUCUCCUCAGACUCUCUCAAACCUGUGCCUAAAGAUUAAUGUUAAAUUAGGAGGAAUCAACAACAUUCUUGUACCUCAUCAACGACCUUCUGUGUUCCAACAACCAGUGAUCUUCUUGGGAGCAGAUGUCACUCAUCCACCUGCUGGGGAUGGAAAGAAGCCUUCCAUUGCUGCUGUUGUAGGUAGUAUGGAUGCUCAUCCAAGCAGGUAUUGUGCCACAGUGAGAGUUCAAAGGCCUCGGCAGGAGAUUAUCCAAGAUUUGGCCUCCAUGGUAAGAGAACUCCUCAUCCAGUUCUACAAAUCAACGCGAUUCAAACCCACACGUAUCAUCUUCUACAGGGAUGGGGUUUCUGAAGGACAGUUUCGACAGGUGUUGUAUUAUGAGCUGCUAGCAAUUAGAGAGGCCUGCAUCAGUCUGGAGAAAGAUUACCAGCCAGGAAUAACCUACAUCGUAGUACAGAAACGACACCACACACGAUUGUUCUGUGCGGACAGAACUGAAAGGGUUGGAAGAAGUGGCAACAUUCCAGCUGGAACAACUGUAGAUACAGAUAUUACACACCCAUACGAGUUUGAUUUUUACCUCUGUAGCCAUGCUGGAAUACAGGGUACCAGCCGUCCCUCACACUAUCAUGUUUUGUGGGAUGAUAACUGUUUUACUGCAGAUGAACUUCAGCUGCUGACUUACCAGCUAUGCCACACAUAUGUGCGUUGCACACGAUCUGUUUCUAUACCUGCACCAGCGUAUUAUGCUCACCUGGUAGCAUUCAGAGCACGAUACCAUCUUGUGGACAAAGAACAUGACAGUGCUGAAGGAAGCCAUGUUUCAGGACAAAGCAAUGGGAGAGACCCACAGGCCCUUGCUAAGGCUGUACAGAUUCACCAAGACACCUUACGCACCAUGUACUUCGCUUAAAUAAAUCAAUAAAAUCGGAGCAUACUCACUGAAAGGAAGAACUGAAAAAUUAAGCCACAUACAAUGUAUGUUUCCGGUGGGGUCAGUUUAUGGGGUGCGCCUCCGAUCACGCUGAAGCCGACACUGUGCAGGGGCAAGGGGCUAAUCCUUAAAUUGACACGUGGAGGAUUGUUUACUUCAUCGAGGAACACAGCACUAUUAUGCAAUAUGAAACCAGCCAACUGCUUUUUUGGGGCGGUCUUCUGUAGGAAGUGCCGUCGUCAUCAGUUAUUUUUUUUAUUUCUUGUAGUCUAACCCUUUUAUGCCUUUACCUCAAGUUGCUCGGCAGCACAACUAUCUUUGCAAAAAAAGUUAAUGAUGUAGUUUUAAAAAAAACACAAACAACCUAUAGAACAAUCACCAUGAUUGUUGAGGGGGGAAGUGUGCAAAAAAUAACCUUUUUGUCUUUACCCCAACGCAUUGAGGAGGCUUUCUCUCAAUAUUGCCAUCAGCAUUUGAAUGGGAACAUAUCCAAGUACAUUUCAAUGUACAGCACUAACUAGAAAAAAUUAGGGGAAGGGUUUUGCACACAUUAGUCCAUUAAUCUGAACAUAAUUUAGCCAACUGCUGCCUUUGUGUCUUUCUUCACGGUUUGGAGUCCUCAACUCCAGUAGUUCCCUUUAAAAAAGCUAGUGGUGUCUGCGCAGCAGUAGUGAUCCAAACUCUUCUUGCUCCCUGGUGAGUUUACUAAAGCUGCUGUUUUACCUUGUCCAGAAAUUUCAACUAAUUCUCUAUCUGGCAAGUCGUAAAUAUAUUUUGAGCUUCAUGCAAGAUCAGUUGUUCCUUGUUUUAUGGGGUUACACGUAGUAAACACCAGAAACGAAACUUUAGAGUUGAGGUCUUUAUUUGCUAGUUUACUUGCUGCCUCUCACACCUUAAUGUGAUUUCAUAUAUAUAUGUGUGUUUUUGAAGUUUAGCUUCCUUUUCUUUUAUAUUUAUUAGAAUAAUAAUAAUAAUGCUUUAAUUUAAUUAUUACAGAACAUAUGGGCAACAUCAAUUUUUAUUUUUAGAAAUGUAACCAUGUUUAUUUUAAAAAACAAACAAACUGACAACUUGUUUUUGCUAUCUUUUAGUGCAAUAAGCCGUUCUAAAGGAAAAAUGUGUCCGUUUAGCUGUAUUAAAGCAGCAUUUGUACCACUAACUGUGGGAGAAUGGACACCUCCACAAUUUUAAAAGGACAAAGUAAAAGCCUUAAUUUCAAAAGGAAAGUUUUGUAGUCAUCAGGAGUCAUGCAUGUUCCUUUUCUAAAUCAAACCAGCUAAGAACAGCAAAACCUAUGCUUCUAGGAUUCUGCAAGCUUUAAUAUUGGCAAUCAAUGCAGUAUUUUGAUUUAACAAAGGAAUUGUGUACAUUUUGGGGUUUAAGAGACUGAAGUUAUUUGAACUCAAGUGAAGACUUUUCAUUGAAGAUCCAGGUUUUCAGAUGCUGUCUUUAAUGUAGCUGACAUUAAUCAUAAAAAUGUCUUAAGAAGUUAAUGAAGUUCUUAAGCAUUUUUGCUUAUUUCAUUAUAAGUGGCUUUCCUUUUAAAAUUAAGGUGUUGGUGGCUUCAUUUCACUUUACAAAUACAUUAAGAGGGCUGGGAUAAUUUUAACAAGUUAAAUCACUGAAAUGUGAAACAAAACAUUAAUGGGACUUUUGUUCAUUCCACUUUAAAGUUAAAACAAGUAUUUUAAAGAUGAUAGAGAUGAGCAUGUAUUCAGUACAUCUGGGCAUCGGGGAGUUUUGCACUUUGUAACCUCGUGAACUGCAUUUUUGACUGUUUUAUUUGCACUGGUUCAUAGUAUAUAUGCAUAUAUAUAUACUGCAGAUUGUUUAUAUGGGCAUUGCUGUUAUCCCAGCCCUUCUGAACUCCACCUUGCUCUUCACACGAAAACCAAUGGGUUGGUUUAAGUAUCUCAUUUGUUUCUUGUCAUUCUCAUGUAAUCCACUAUAUUUGCCAAUUUACUGUAUUUUGAGCCUAAAAUCUGAGCCCGUUUUGCUUCAAUAGGCAUGCAUUUCCCCCAUUUCUGCCAGAAAACUAAGUACUGUAUUUUGUGCAUUUGUACAUUGUAUUGAAAUGUAUGUAGUGCUGUUCACAACACUGUCUCAAAGCGCUUUACUAAAUAGUUGGUGUAUAUACAUAUAUAUUUUUCUCCCAAUAUCAAGAAACAUAAUGCAAAGAAACUAUUUUUUUGCAGAGUUAAAAUUGCACUGGAAAUAGUCAUGCUGGUAGGCAGUGUUCCUAGUGGCUCAGGAGAAAAGGGGACUAUUCUAACAGAUCUCUAUGUAGCCAAUCAGCUCUUAAGAGUCUCUCUCAUUGUUAGUGGGAUUAUAUUCAUUCAUCAGUGGAACUGCAGAUUCCUAACUGAAGUGUCCCAGUUUUCUCUGGCUGCUUCAUGCACUUAUCUUUCAGCUCCUUUGAAUAAAACUGCUGCAGGGAGGCCAAUAUAAUGAAAUGAUUGGAGCAAGAUUGUUUCCAAACAAAUCUCUCUCUUUUAUUCUGUAACUGUCAGUUUCCUCUUAGAAGAGCUCUAGCUAGUAUACCCAUUUAUAAAAGGCCCAGGUUUGGCUUUUUACAUAAGAUUAAUUUUUUUUAAAACCGAAGGGGCUUUUUUAGAAAAACCUGCUUUACAAGGACUUUUUGUGAACUGGCAUUUUGAUGAAAAGCCCUUUUUUAAAAAAAAAAAUUGGCCUUUAACUCUUCUUUUAAAGACACUAUACAGUUUCCAAUCUGAUUUGAAAUUACUUUGCUUGCUGCUUUCACCAAAAACUUAAAAAAUAUAUAUAUAUAAAAAAAUCCAUUGGGGAAAUGACUUCAAAAAUGUUUGCUUAGCAGGCCAGUGUAACUGGUUUUCAUGUGAAGAGAAGUUGGGAGUUUUAAUCUCUAUAUUCUUAGUUUUGCAAAUGUCUACAAAAGUGCCGAUACGUAUAUUUGUAUUACAAUAUCAAGUUACUGGCGUUGUGAGGGCCACACGUUUAUGAUACUGUAGCUGCUAUAUUUAUUUAAAUGGAGACGGACAAUUACUGCACUAGGAAACGAGGAGAUGAGCAGGGACCAAGGCUUAGAGUUAGAGGCGGUAUCUCGUUUUUCAGAAGAAAAUUAACAGUGUGAAAUAUCAAGUGUAACAAAGGGUGCUGUCAUUUUAAUUGAGAUUCAAUAGCCAGAUAUUCUUCCUUUGUCUAAAGACUUAUAUAUAUUUUGAUGUUUGCAGUUUAGGGGGUGGGGGGAUAAAUGGUACCUCAUCUGUGGUGGCAGUUUCCAGUAUAUUUUCACAGGAGUAUAUGGAUUUUUUAUUUUUGUACCUGCUCUCCUUUAAAGAAAAGUUUUCUCAAGUUUUAUGUGCUUUUUAGAGAAAUCUCGAGUGCAACACGCAUUAUCCCUUUAUCUUUCCAGGAGCACUCUGUAUAUAGCCCAAACAGGGAUAUGGGCAAAGGCUGGCGGUUCCAUUUUGCGGAAACAUUGGCCUCAUUUGUGCAUACAUCUGUCUAAAACAGUGGUUCCCAAUCUUCUCAGACACUGUACCAGUUUACCAAACUAAGACCUUACCUUGUACUAACAAGUGCCACUAACCUCCCAAACAAUGGGGGCAUACACUUGGGCACCCAGCACAAAAUUUGAGAUGGGCAGCCAAGGAUACUAACGACACAUACCUGAAAUAACCAUACUGGUACAUGUACCAAUGUUUAGGAACCACUGUCCUAGAAAUGGCAGUGCUUCUCUGAAGCUGAACAGAAGGGUUUUUGAUAAUGGCAGUUACUUUAAAUAUGUGAUCUAGUGAUUAGUGGGUCCAACGUUGGAAAGAAAGGUUGAGAAUUUUUAGUAGUUUGAAUCGUUAAACUCUUGCAGCAUUUGCUAACAGCACAACUGACAACUCCACUCAAACAAAGCAGCUUUGAUUUGUGGGGCACUUCCACUGUGGCCAUUUUACUCAGGAUUGUUAGAUGGCUGUCAAAUGUUAAACCAUUUAGUUGAAAUUAUGCAAAGGUUAUUUCCCUAGGAUUCAUUUUGGGAUGCUUUUUGAAGGUAGUUUAGCCCUUUUAACAGCUUUCAAGUUGAAAUGGAUUCCUGAAGGUUGUCAGUCAAAUUCUUUCAAGAUGCCAUUGGUCCUAAAUUGUUUCCAUUUCUUCUUUUUGUGCAGAUACUUGUCCGAUCAAUGUUUAGGCACAGGACGUUAGAUGAAUAAUCACGCUCUGUACACAUUCUAGCUGCUUGUUUGUUUUCUACUAGUGCUCAAUAGUGUGAAAUUUCAAUUUCAAAAGGAUGAGGCCUUUCUGGAUUUACAUUUUACUCGUACCUUGAGACUUGUCCGCCUUUGAUAUGUUCUCAGUUUUGUCAGCUGAUGGGAUAUAACCUUUCUCAAAGCACUUUUCGUAACCGAGGAAUCAAAGAAGCUCUGAUCAUAUACAUUGAAACUCUAACUUUUCAUUUCCAAACGGUCGUCUUGAAGUUUCUUUUCAUGCCAGACAAAUGCUCCGUCAGCUGCAGUGUUGUGGAGUAAACGUGGCUGCCACUGGCCAGUUAAUUUUAUCAGAUAGAAAAUCCAUGUAGAUGUCAAAGGGACAAAUAUUCCUGGCUUACUUUCCUACCCAAAGAUAGUACUUGAAUUUGACAUUGUGUAUGAGAUACCAUUUGUGUUUUGGCACAUCUUUUAAUUAUAAAAACUUCGCUUAGCCAAUUCACUCAGAUAUAUAUUAUUUUUGUAAAAAUGAAAAAGAUUAUUAAGGUUAAGGUGAGCGCUAAUCUCAGUGUUUUCUGCUAGUAGAAAAUCUUCGUAACUUUACAAUAGUUGUGAAGUGUGAAUCUGAUGUGUACAGGACCCUAUGUUUUACCUAUCUAGCAGAGUCCCAAGAAUACAAUCACUAAAACAGAGGUUUAAAAUUAGUUUGUGGCCUGAGCAGCCAGAGGCACCCAUGGGAAGCAGUGGGGGUGGAGGGUAGGUGAAGGUUUGCAAAGAAGCAAACCAACGUAGCAUCACUGUUACAGAAACGAGGGAGUUGGUGGAGAGACUCCAUACCAAUCACCUUUCCAGCCAUGUGCCCCUGACUGUUAGAAUUCUGUCUGAGAUCCCCUCAUCCUAACAUGGGUUGUUCAUUGUAGUGUCCUGUUAAAGCAAAGCAGUUCCACUGUUAAAACUUGGAGCAAUUUUUUUUUUUUUUUUUAAAGCUAGACAGUCCUCAGAAAGUGCCUUUUCAGAAGACGGUGCUGUAGAUUUUUAUUUUCAAAUUGUAAAUGGCUGAAAAUUUGAGAAAAUUUUUUGAAAAUGCCAAGUGUUUGGUAUCAUUUUAUGUACCUUCAAGCAGCAGUUUCUGAGUCAGGGCCAAGAAUAACCAAGGAAGGGUGUAUUCAGAAGGAGGGAAAGGUAUUGAGGAACAAUCACCAAAUUCAACUUGUAGGCUUGAAGUAGUUUGGAUUUUAUUUAAUGUAACUAACCACUUCCUAUUUUAGGAGGGUGCAUGGGGUGGGGUGGAGGAAAGGGGGAGAAAUAGCACAGGACACUUCAGGCAGUGGUAUAGUUAAUAUUUAAAUGGGAUCAUAGAUGAUCAAAGGACAUGUCCUCAUUUUUGGAGGUGAAGCAGGUUCACAGAGAUGAAGUAAAAUUCUCUGGGGGCUUAUAAUGAGAUAAUAUAUCCUACUUUGAGCAGACUUCACACAACCUGUAUUUUAAGAGAGUAAUGUUUACAUGCUAAUUGAACUUCUGAUGACUUAAUAGGGACUUUUGAUAAUGUAAGUGGUAAACAUGUUUGGAUGAUUGUUGGUGCCCUGUUUUCACUGUGCUAAAAGAUGUUGUGGAGCCGCUGAUGACUUUGGUGAGCAUUCCUCCAGUCAGGAAGAGUUGUAGACUAGACUAAUAAACACUGCACCUCAGUAACCUUGUAAUGCUGCAUAAAGUAAUAAUAAUAGCAAAGUUCUGCCUUGAUUUCACUGUAAUGUGCUUACACAUGCCUGCAAAAAUAUACACACAACUUUCAUUUUGUAAUGCCUUAAUAGCAGUUAAAAUAUUUUUUUUAAAGAUGAGGUUUGUCCUUUAUUGUGGUGUUUCCUUAUAUUUAUUGGUAAUUUGUGUGCAGCUUGUAGUUUCAUGUUUGGCUUGAAUGUUGCUUUUUAACACCU